AGCAAUGUAUUUAAUAAUACAAACAAAUAAAAUUCAAAAUCAAACACAAUAAAAUCAUUUAGCAACACUAGACCAUGAAUUCCUUAUUUUCCUUCUUCCUUCUUCUCUUCUUAUUUCAAGGACUUGUUGCAGACAAACACAUCUCAACCAAGUUCCUCAAUCCAUCAAGAGUCACCCAACUUUCAUGGCACCCCAGGAUUUUCAUAUACAAAGGGUUCUUGUCUGAUGAGGAAUGUGAGCACCUUAUAGAACUAGGGAAGGACAAGCUUAAACCAUCAAUGGUGACUCAUAGUGACUCUGGAAAGAUUACCUUUACAAAGCAAAGGACCAGCUCUAGCACUUUCCUUCACAAGCACCAGGAUGAAAUAGUCACAAGGAUUGAGGAGAGGAUUGCUACAUGGACAUUCCUCCCUGAAGAGAAUGGUGAGGUUCUACAAAUACUGCACUAUGGGCAUGGAGAGAAGUAUGACCCACAUUUGGAUUUCUUUAUAGACAAAGUUGAUCCUAAACCCUCUGGUCAUAGAGUUGCUACAGUUCUGAUGUAUUUGUCGGAUGUCAAGAAGGGCGGGGAGACCGUCUUCCCGUAUUUGAAGGAAAAGCAUGCUCAGAAACAAGCCGACGUGAGCUGGUCAGACUGUGCAAAAACCGGCUAUGCAGUAAAGCCGGUGAAAGGUGAUGCAUUGUUGUUCUUCAGUUUGCAUCCUAACACCUCGACAGACUUAAUGACUUUGCAUGGGAGCUGCCCAGUAAUAGAUGGUGAAAAGUGGUCUGCAACCAAAUGGAUACAUUUGAGGACCUUUGAGGUGCCGGAAAGGAGUACUACAAGCGGGAAGUGUGACGAUGAGAAUGAUCUUUGUUCAUUUUGGGCAGCUGCUGGAGAAUGUACUAAGAAUCACAAAUAUAUGAUAGGCUCGAAAAAGUCUCCAGGAUUUUGUAGAUCAAGUUGCAAUGCAUGUAUCUCCUAAGUCUGAUAUUUGAUCUAUAGAUGACUAAAAUAAAGCAAAACAAGACAAAUAAAGGGUGAUGGUUUCCAGUCAA